UUUAAAAGUGCACAGAAGUUUGCAGUGAAAAAUAUCUAAGGCAAAGAAUCACAUGCGUUGUGACACUUUUUGUGUGUGCCAUUUUCACUCUCUCUCAUCUAUAUAAAAACACAACAGUCUGCAACGUAAGUGUUGAACCGUUCACUCACUCAAUCUGUGCUAUUUCUUUGCUGCAGAUAAGACCAAUCCCAUCUAUUUGCUUCAGUUCUGCAUCGAGAUGGCGUCGGUGCAUGCUAAUGUGACAUCAGUUGUUUGCAAGAAUGGCAACCAUGUUUCUCAAUCAAAGUUCCCAAACACUUCAUUUUUGCCUCGAUUCGAUGUUGUUGGGCGUUCUUCAAAUGCUUGGAAGAAGGAAUUAGUUCCACCUUCCAUGGCUUUGGUACCAAGAGCCACAUUGACAUUUGAUCCGCCAACUGCUAAUGCAGACAAAAGCAAACAAAAGAAGCAUACUGUUGACCCUGCUUCUCCUGAUUUUCUUCCUCUGCCUUCUUUUGAACAGUGCUUUCCAAAGAGCACAAAAGAAUACAGGGAAGUUGUUCAUGAAGAAACUGGUCAUGUGCUCAAAGUUCCAUUUCGACGAGUUCACUUGUCUGGUGAUGAAUCACACUUUGAUACCUAUGACACCAGUGGUCCCCAAAAUAUUAGUCCAAGGAUAGGACUACCAAAAUUGCGUGAAGAGUGGAUUGAUAGGAGACAAGAAACAGGUCCUCCAAGAUUCACUCAGAUGUACUAUGCUAAGCAGGGAAUCAUUACUGAGGAGAUGCUUUAUUGUGCAACUCGUGAGAAGCUCGACCCAGAGUUUGUGAGGUCAGAAGUUGCUCGUGGACGAGCUAUCAUCCCUUCCAACAAGAAGCACUUGGAGUUAGAACCGACGAUAGUUGGAAGAAACUUCUUGGUGAAAGUAAAUGCCAACAUUGGAAACUCUGCGGUAGUAAGCUCUAUUGAAGAGGAAGUUUACAAGGUUCAGUGGGCAACCAUGUGGGGUGCUGAUACAGUCAUGGACCUCUCAACUGGUCGUCACAUUCAUGAAACUCGAGAGUGGAUCUUACGCAACUCGGCUGUUCCAGUUGGGACUGUACCUAUUUAUCAAGCACUUGAGAAGGUUAAUGGAAUUGCUGAAGAUCUUAGCUGGGAGGUUUUCAGGGAUACUUUGAUUGAACAAGCUGAACAAGGUGUAGAUUACUUCACCAUCCAUGCAGGAGUACUUCUGAGGUAUAUUCCUUUAACUGCGAAGCGCAUGACAGGAAUAGUUUCGCGAGGAGGAUCGAUUCAUGCAAAGUGGUGCUUAGCUUAUCACAAAGAGAAUUUUGCUUAUGAGCAUUGGGAUGACAUACUUGACAUCUGCAAUCAAUAUGAUGUGGCACUCUCCAUUGGUGAUGGGCUAAGACCUGGAUCCAUUUAUGAUGCUAAUGACACAGCUCAAUUUGCUGAGCUCUUGACACAAGGUGAAUUGACUCGUAGAGCAUGGGAAAAGGAUGUGCAGGUGAUGAAUGAAGGACCUGGACAUGUUCCAAUGCACAAGAUUCCUGAAAACAUGCAGAAACAGCUAGAAUGGUGUAAUGAAGCACCUUUCUACACUCUUGGUCCUUUAACAACUGAUAUUGCUCCUGGUUAUGAUCACAUCACCUCUGCUAUUGGUGCUGCAAAUAUCGGUGCACUUGGUACCGCUCUUCUCUGUUAUGUGACUCCAAAAGAACAUCUUGGAUUGCCAAAUCGUGAUGACGUGAAGGCUGGAGUUAUAGCUUACAAGAUAGCUGCUCAUGCUGCCGAUUUAGCCAAACAACACCCACAUGCUCAAGAAUGGGAUGAUGCAUUAAGCAAGGCAAGAUUUGAGUUUCGAUGGAUGGACCAGUUUGCUUUGUCGUUGGAUCCAAUGACAGCCAUGUCAUUCCAUGAUGAAACUCUGCCGUCAGAAGGUGCAAAGGUGGCCCAUUUCUGCUCAAUGUGUGGCCCUAAAUUCUGCUCUAUGAAGAUAACUGAGGAUGUGAGAAAGUAUGCUGAGAAACAUGGCUAUGGUGAUGUUGAGGAAGCUUUGAAGCAGGGAAUGAAUGCUAUGAGUGCAGAGUUUCUUGCUGCAAAGAAAACUAUCAGCGGAGAACAGCAUGGCGAAGCUGGUGGAGAGAUUUACUUGCCAGAAUCUUACUUGAGUGCCAAGGAGGGGAAUAUAUAAAGGGUGCAAAUCAUUUGAGAGAGAGCUUGGAGCUAGAUACACAACUGGCCAGUCAGGAUGGUGAAGUAUUUUCAAGCUAAAGGAUAAUACAAAGUUUAGUUUUGUGAACAACAUUUAAGAAACUCAAACUUUAUUCUACUUUGGUUGUGUUAUCCAAUUCUCGGAAAUAAAUUUCUUUAGUAUCAUCAUGUUUCGUACCGUCUUUAUCUUUUCGGCUGUUAUUAACACCCGAGAUGCACCAGGGGUGCCUGUAUCUGCAUAGCAUGCUAGCAGUUCAGGCUGAGACAGUCCCUUCGAACCUGAUCAGGGUGAUGCCUGCGUAGGGAGCGUGCAUUGUUUUUCUCUUUUGUUAUAUUUCUGCAGGAAAAUAUGCGUUAUAUACUAGUUGCGGAAGCGGCUACAGCAUGUGUUGUUCAUGCCAAUUGUUCAUGGUGGGAAUGUAGCCGAACUGGAGGAAUAGAAUAUACUAUGAUCUGAA